GACUUCCAUCCAGAUCCAGAAUAUGAAGGGAGAGAUUUCAAAGACAAACAAAUUGCACCAAAAUCAGGACAUUAGAAUGUCAACUGCUGUACUUCCACCUCAGAUUCCAAGGCCACUCAACAAGGAUUAUUGCAGCAUUUUUUAUUGCCCUCCAAGUGGGGCAUCCAUUUAAAUUGAAUUGCAAAUCUACCCAUCAUGGUUGCAAGGGCAACCUCAUAAGGAAAAGAUUGUUUAGUCACCAACAAAUCAAUGCUCAAUUGAACUGUUCAUACAAAAAGAUCUCUGCCCACCUUCAUUUACACCAUUCCUCAUUCAUCAUCAACAACCUCUCUCUUGAAAACACACACACACACACACAAAAACUGGACAAACACGAUUGUGGUAGUCUUCUUUUAUUAAUUUAUUAUGUAGCACCAUGAACGUAAGAGAUAGGCAGUGUAGAGGUUACUUUUCAUUGUGCACUUCAGUUUCUCCAACAUGGUCUUCAAGAGAACCAUUUUCCUUUUUCUGCUGCUGAAUUUUUUUAUAGUCCCUGAACAGGCACUCUCUGCUUAUCACCACCACAACCCACCUUACCACUCUUUAGAGACUGAUAAAAUUGCACUUCUUGCAUUCAAAAGGACCAUAAUAUCUGACCCAAAUUCCUCACUUGCUAACUGGAAUGAGACCAAUUAUGUGUGCAACUUCACGGGUGUCCACUGCAACAAACAGUGGCAUCGCGUGACACGACUCAACCUCAAUGGUUCUGCACUUGUAGGGUUGCUUUCACCCUUCAUUUCAAAUCUAACCCGGCUUCGAUUUUUACAGCUUGCUGACAAUAACCUGUAUGGCAACAUUCCACCAGAAUUCUCCUCCCUCCGACACCUUAUAUGGAUCCAGCUUGAUGGGAACAAAUUGGAUGGUCGAAUACCGGAUUUCUUCUCCUUCCUUUCCCAUCGUACUUUUGUAAGUAUGAGGAACAACAGCUUAACAGGUAUGGUUCCAGCUUCCUUCUUCUCCAACUGCACUUCACUGGGAAAUGUAGACCUCUCCUACAACUUUCUCAACGGGAAUAUUCCACCAGAAAUUGGAAACUGCCCUAUUCUGUGGAACCUUAAUUUGUAUAAUAAUCAAUUCACCGGAGAAUUCCCAUUCUCUAUGUCCAACCUUUCAAACAUGUAUACUUUGGAUGUGGAGUAUAACAAUUUUACUGGUGAAUUGCCUUCGGAGAUACUAGGAAAGUGGACUUUUCUUGUCAAUCUUCAUUUAUCAAACAAUAAAUUUGUCAGUCAUGACCUUGACCAAUUCUUCACCGCCCUCAUAAACUGCACUAUACUAAACGAGCUUGAAUUGGCUGGCAUGGACCUUGGAGGAAAGUUGCCUAGUUCCAUUGGCCAACUUGUUAAACUUCAAUAUCUAUACCUACAAGAAAACAAGAUCUUGGGGUCCAUUCCUUCAAAUUUAGCAAAUCUUACCAAUCUUGUGUUGCUGAAUUUGACAUCCAAUCUUUUGAAUGGAAUUUCAGCAGAGAUCAGUGGGUUGCCAUUCUUCCAACAGCUUUUCUUGUCACACAACAAAUUCACUGGCACAAUUCCAGUAGAAUUAGGACAGUUGCAUCAUCUAGGUCUGCUUGACUUGUCAUAUAACACUCUCUCUGGUGAGAUCCCUGAAUUUCUAGGAAAUUUGACCAAAUUAAAUUUUCUGUUCCUUAACAACAACCUCCUUUCAGGGGCAAUACCUGGAAGUUUAGGACAGUGCAGGGAUCUGGCCAAAUUGGACUUGUCCUAUAACAGAUUGACAGGGGGCAUCCCUCUAGGAAUAUUAGGUAUACAAGAGAUGCGAAUAUUCCUGAAUCUUUCCCAUAAUCAUCUUGAAGGACCAUUGCCAAUUGGGCUAAGCAAGCUGGAAAAUGUCCAAGAUAUAGAUCUUUCAUCGAAUUACUUCACUGGAAGUAUCUUCCCUCAGAUAUCAAAUUGUCUUUCCUUGAGGCUGUUGAAUUUUUCGCACAAUUCUCUUCAAGGGCAGCUUCCAGAUUCCUUAGGUGAUCUUAAGAGCCUUGAAGCCUUUGAUGUUUCAGGAAACCAUUUGUCUGGAAAAAUCCCAACAAGCUUGAACAAAAUUCAAACUCUCACAUUUCUGAAUCUUUCAUAUAACAAUUUCAAUGGAAGAAUUCCCUCCGAUGGCAUCUUUAAAUCUGUUACAAAUCUGUCAUUCUUAGGCAACGAAAAUCUUUGUGGGUUUCCUGGUCUUCGAAAUUGCCAUCGAAAGCUGCGGAAUUACUUUCGUUCGCAUUUGAUUGUAUUCUGUAUAGUCAUAUCUGUAUCAGUGUUCUUGUCAACAAUAUGUUGUGUGAUUGUAUGCCGGCGCUUACAAAGAAAGAUUUCCUCUGGGGAGGCUGAAACAGUAAGCCAAUCACCACCAGAACUGAUCCACAAUUUCCCAAGAAUAACAUAUAAGGAACUCUCAGAAGCCACUGGAGGAUUUGAUCAGCAACGACUUCUUGGGUCAGGAAGCUAUGGGCAUGUCUACAAGGGAGUUCUUCCAGAUGGAACGCCUAUAGCAGUUAAGGUGUUACAUCUGCAAACUGGCAAUUCUACCAAGAGUUUCAACAGAGAAUGCCAAGUCUUAAAGAGAAUUCGUCACAGGAACCUGAUAAGGAUUAUAACAGCUUGUAGUCUACCUGAUUUUAAGGCCCUUGUUCUUCCUUAUAUGGCAAAUGGAAGCUUGGAUAGCCGUCUCUACCCACACUCAGGUACAGGUCUGGCUUCGGCUUCGACUUCGGGGUCUUCAGACUUGAGCCUGAUUCAGAGAGUCAACAUUUGCAGUGACAUAGCUGAAGGGAUGGCUUAUCUACAUCACCACUCUCCAGUUAGAGUCGUACAUUGUGAUCUAAAGCCAAGCAAUGUUCUUCUCAAUGAUGAUUUGACAGCUUUGGUCUCUGACUUUGGGAUCUCUAGGUUGGUUGCUGGAGUGGAAAAUGCUGGGGUUGUUGAGAACAUGGGGAACUCUACUGCAAACAUGUUAUGUGGAUCCAUUGGAUACAUAGCACCAGAGUAUGGGUUUGGAUCAAUCACAUCUACAAAGGGAGACGUUUACAGCUUUGGCAUUCUAGUUCUUGAGAUGGUGACUAGAAGGAGACCAACAGAUGACAUGUUUGGUGGUGGGCUAAGCCUACACAAAUGGGUUAAGAGUCAGUACCAUGGUGGAAGGAUGGAAAAAGUGGUAGACUCUUCAUUGGUAAGAGCUUUGAGAGAUGAGUCCCCUGAAGUGAAAAAAAUGUGGGAAGUUGCGAUUGGAGAAUUGAUCGAGUUGGGUAUUCUCUGCACACAGGAAUCCGCCUCUACCAGGCCUACAAUGCUUGAUGCUGCUGAUGACUUGGAUCGUCUGAAGAGAUACCUUAGUGGAGACACCACUGCAACAUUUACCUCCUCUCUAGGAAUAUCAUCUUCUAUUCUAGGUGAUGACUAGAGCUUAACCAAAUUUUUGUACAUAAAUCAAGUUUCCCAUGAAUUUGUAAUUUACUGUUCCAUUGAUCUAUCAGAAUGUUUGUAAUUUACUGUUCCAAUCAUCAAAUUCAUCAGAAUAACUAUCUCAGAUAAUAUAAUUAAAUACCAGGAUGAUUCUUGUAUCCAUUGC